UCCCCUUUCCCUUUCUAUUAUCUUUUUAAAAAAACAUUAUAAAAAAUGUUCAAAAAGUUCAGUUUUUCGGAUAACAUUGCUGGUCAAUCGCAACUCAAAUCUUCUGUUCAAAGAAAUGUUCGUACAAAGUUAAAUGAGCAAUACCCAAAGAUCGAAUCUGUAUUAGAAGAAUUGAUGCCCAAAAAGACACCAAUUGUUCAAAUUAAAGGCCAUGAACAUAUCAGUUUUCUAUCUGUCAACGGCGAAAUUCUUUUCUUUCAACAUUUUGAUGGACCUUUCAUUCCAACUCUUGCAUUAUUACAUAAAUAUCCUGAUAUUCUUCCCAAGUUACAAGUAGACCGUGGUGCUAUCAAGUUUGUUUUGUCUGGGGCCAAUAUCAUGUGUCCUGGUUUAACAUCAAAAGGUGCUCGUAUGGAUGCUGAUUUACCAGCUGGAACUGUUGUUGCCAUCAUGGCCGAAGGCAAAGAACAUGCACUGGCCAUUGGUUUACUCAAGAUGAGUACAGCAGAUAUUAAAUCUGUCAACAAAGGUAUUGGCGUCGAUAACAUCCAUUAUCUCACUGAUCCACUUUACAAAGAAGUCAUUCACGUAUAGAGGAAAAGAUGCAGAAUCCUAGUUUAUUAAUUACAUCGCUUCAUCACGAAAAGAGAACGAAUUUGCUCCAACCGCAACUUAGCACUAAAGACCUUUAUUAUUAUGAGAAAGGAAGCAUCAUCAUCUCAAACUCUUGUUAGAAAAUAUAAUUGAAUAAACGUCAUUGGAGGCAGUUCAGUUGAGAAAGAAGAA